GCGGCCAUGGGGCGGGCGGCGUGGGGGCUGCUGUGGCUGCUGCUGGGCAGCGCCGCGGCGCAGUACGAAAAGUACAGCUUCCGGGGCUUCCCGCCCGAGGACCUGAUGCCCCUGGCCGCGGCCUACGGGCACGCGCUCGAGCAGUACGAGGGGGAGAGCUGGCGCGAGAGCGCGCGCUACCUCGAGGCGGCGCUGCGGCUGCACCGGCUGCUGCGGGACAGCGAGGCCUUCUGCCACGCCAACUGCAGCGGCCCCGCGCCGCCCGCGGCCUCGCCCUCGGCGCCCGCGCUCGGUCCCGACGGCGGCCGCGGCGGCGACGAGUGGGCCCGCGAGCUGCAGCUCUUCGGCCACGUCCUGGAACGCGCCGCCUGCCUGCGGCGCUGCAAGCGGACGCUGCCCGCCUUCCAGGUGCCCUACCCGCCGCGGCAGCUGCUGCGCGACUUCCAGAGCCGCCUGCCCUACCAGUACCUGCACUACGCGCUGUUCAAGGCUAACCGGCUGGAGAAGGCGGCAGCCGCGGCCUACACCUUCCUCCAGAGGAACCCGAAGCACGAGCUAACCGCCAAGUAUCUCAGCUACUACCGGGGGCUGCUAGACGCCGCCGAUGAGCCGCUCACAGACUUGGAGGCGCAGCCCUACGAGGCCGUGUUCCUCAGGGCUGUGAAGCUCUACAACAGCGGGGACUUCCGCAGCAGCACGGAGGACAUGGAGCGCGCCCUGGCCGAGUACCUGGCCGUCUUUGCCCGGUGUCUGGCCGGCUGCGAGGGGGCCCACGAGCAGGUGGACUUCAAGGACUUCUACCCGGCCAUAGCAGAUCUCUUUGCAGAGUCCCUGCAGUGCAAGGUGGACUGUGAGGCCAACUUGACCCCCAACGUGGGUGGCUAUUUCGUGGAGAAGUUCGUGGCUACCAUGUAUCACUACCUGCAGUUUGCCUACUACAAGUUGAACGACGUGCGCCAGGCCGCCCACAGUGCCGCCAGCUACAUGCUCUUCGACCCCGGGGACAGCGUCAUGCAGCAGAACCUGGUGUACUACCGCUUCCACCGGGCUCGCUGGGGCCUGGAGGAGGAGGACUUCCAGCCCCGGGAGGAGGCCACGCUCUACCACAACCAGACCACUGAGCUUCGGGAGCUGCUGGAGUUUGCACAUAUGUACCUGCAGUCAGAUGAUGAGAUGGAGCUUGAAGAGACAGUGCCUCCCGUGGAGCCCAAGGACCCGCCCUCCGACACCGAGUUCGAGGGGGAGGGGGACUACGAGGAGGGCAUCUAUGCUGACUGGUGGCAGGAGCCGGAUGCCAAGGGUGACGAGGCAGAGGCCGAGCUGGAGCCUGAACUAGCAUGAGAGGGCCACCCUUGCACCCCUCAAGAGCUGGGGAAGCCUGAGCCCAGUGGUACCGCCCUCACCAGCCUGUGCAGCAGCAAGAACUAUUUAUUAAAAAUGUACAACGGACAUAGCUGACCAGGCCCCAUCCCAUCCCACCUGUGAGCGCUGCUCCCCAGGUCUCAGGGUCUCUGGGCCACAGGAUGGUGGUGCUCCAGCUGCUGACGGCCCCCUCCUCCCCGGUGCUCUCCUCAGCUGGGCAGUCUCCUGGAGGAGAAGGUUCCUGCUCCUCCAAGCUGGGUCACAGCCUGGAUUUCAGAGACAGCAGAGGGGCCGCUGAUGUUAUGAAGAGCACUCGAGAGUCCAGUGGUUCCUGGCUCACUGGCAGUGGGUGCUCAAUAAAUGUUUCUUGU